AUGGAAACUAGAUCUAGAAAUCACGAAUCUGAUGCCAGUUUCCAGUUUUCUAGAGAAAUGUGCAGGUCCAAUUGUUGCACACUUGCGAUGAUCAUCAAAGAGGAUAGAUGCAAUGCAACUUUGAAAUGCCCAAAUGUCUCCUCUCAGCAGGCGAGAGAUGCCAGAAGAAAAGAUGCAGAAUAUGUCAAGAAGAUAACUAAAGAACCUGACAACCAAGCCGAGAAUUUGUCUUACUAG